UUUAAGCCAUUGUCAACGCCACUUGGGUGCAUUCGAAGUCGUGCAUUGUUUACAGUCAAAUCUCGCUACGCAAAUCAACGACACAGGUAUCUCAAUUUAUACAGUCAAGACUCGAGUCCGUCUGAAAUAAACCUUUCACGACAUGGCAACAAAUGGACAGGAAUUUUUGCGACGAAAAUUCGUACACUUAUUCAAAUGCUUCGAACACAGUCGAAAGGGAUUUAUCACUAAAGAGGACGCAGCGAUACACAGUCAACAACUUGAAGACGUUAUAAAGCGACAAAUGAGAAGCCAGGGCGUCUCGAACGAGGAAAUCGACAAGAAAAUCGCGGGAUUCGACUCGGACUGGAUACCAUCCGCGAUGCAUUACUUCACAGAGAUGGCAAAGUUCGCUAAAAAUCAUGCGGACAUAUCUCUGAACGAGUUCAUCGCGUUUAACAUGUCGAUUCGGGAUCACAUAGUUCAAAAGGACGCGUUGCCCGCGUGGUUCGAAGAUUCACUGAGGGCGUCGUACACGAAUUGUUGGUCAAAUGACGAGGGCAUCCUUUUGGAAGAUGGCUUGGAGUUGCUUCCAGGUGUGACGGAGAACAGCAAAGCUUUGUGCCAUCAAUACUUGACAGAUAACAACAACAGGAAAAUCGAUGUUUCAGCGUUCAUCUCCCAUAUCAAGAAUUUCUACAGCAACGAAGAUCCAGAUCAUAUCAGUAAAUACAUUCACGGUUAUCAAGAAGAAUAAUCUGACAAUUUCAGCGACGUUUUAUUACUUGCAGUUUACGUGUAAUUGUAUAGACUAUAGUAUCCAUAUAUUUAUGCGGUUAAUAAUGGGCAUUGGGUGAUAAGUUUGGGUAAUUUUUGAAGUUGUGUCAACUGUCAAGUAAUUUUAAAAGCUUAUAUCAUUGUUGAAAAAACCUUUUCUGAAAUUAUUCGACAUAUUUGAAGUAUUUUUUUAUACAGUCGAAUUAAUGUUUUGCAUAUUCGCAGACACUUUUCCAGCUAUAUAAGGAGCAUUUGCAUAAACAUAUCGCAACAUAGUUCAUCGGUUGGACUUAUAUAAAACCGCUUUUAUCUUGCACAAAAUUAUACGUCAUACGACUCAUUUAGUAUCGACGAUAAUUCAAAAUAUUUUAACUUUAAACAUACUUCAGCAUUCUAACAGCUCACUCAACACGCAGUGACACAGAGAAAGCACUUCUGUUUAGAUAAACCAUAAACCGUGGAAGCUAUUCUAGACGCCGAUCGGAAGAUUUUUGUCAAUCCACUUAAAACGAAUGUAGCUCAGUGAAAAUACAAUCAUGAAUUGCUUA